AUGGAUGCAUGGGAAGACCUUGUUUAUGAUGAUGACGUCCUUAAAUCAUUCUUGAAAAAAUGCGAUGCUUCGGCAUCGCUUAUACCUGGUCCAGCAGGUAAUGUUCAAGCGGCUUUCCUCAAUAGGACAAAAACAGAACAACCAAAGUCCACUCAAGAAUUUGCUCGUGAUGUUGCUCAGGCAACAUAUGAACGAGAUUUCAACUCGAAUGCUUGGAAAUGGGCACAAAUGUAUAUUGAACACCACGUUCUCGUAACUGAUGGAAAAUUCGAGAACGUCAAUUCCCUUGAUGAGGCAAAAUCAGCACAGGUCCUUCCAUUUGUUGCUUGCAUACUGAAAGAGUGCAAGCCAAAUGGGUUGGGAGAUAUGCAGUUUACUAUCAAGGACCCAACAACCACAAUGAAGGCUUCCUUGCACAAGAAAGUUCUUCAAGAUCCUCAAUUUGGAGACAAUAUCGGAGUUGGUUCCGUUAUGUUACUCAAUCUUGUUUUUCUAGCUGAUAUUUGUACUCCAACAAUUGAGCUGGUGAAGGACACCCCGAAACUUGUCAUUCGACUACCUAUGUGGGCAAAAAACAAUAAGAAUGUGGAUGACAUCCUCUGCAAAUUCGUCCCUCCAUCUGACGAGCCAUCAACAUCUAAAGAACCAAACAAGCAUUAG